AAAAAAUGAAUAUUAAGGGAAGAAAAAAAAACGAAUACAAUUUGUUCUCACUCAAUCUAUCGCAAUCAGUACUUACUUACGUCCACGUCGUUUCCGAUUUCGUAAUCGAUGAAUCUCCGUUGGUGGCUUUGAAAAAUCGUGCCCGAAAGAUCGAAAUAUAAUCCUUAAAUGCAAGGAGUCGACUCGCUCCUGUCAAGGUCGUACUCUCUAUGAAUAAAAAUGAAAAUGAUAGAAUAUCUGAUAGAAUAUGCGUAGAGUCUCUAAACGGAUUAGACAGUUUAGAAACAAAUGUGUCAACGAUCCAUUAAGGAAUUUCUUGACGACGUAUUCGGUAAUCACGAACGACUAAAUCGUUUUACUCCUUUGAUUAUCGUACGACCAACAAUAAAUAUUAAUUCUAAGUAGACGAAUUAUUUACCGUCGAACGUAAGACACCGCAUCAUCGAACGUUCGGACCAUUUGCAUCGGGCCUUCGAGGAUGAUGUGAACGUCUGGAUGGUCAUUGGUCAUUGGCAGACCAAACGUGAAGAAUUUACUAAUUCGGACGUACUGAGAAUUGGCCAUUCAUACAAUAUUCAAGAUCCCUAUCCUCGCUUCGCUAUAUAACACCCUUCUACGAUUCGGAUCUCCAGUCACUUCAGGACCUCCGAAGAAAGAAGCUGGUAAAACUUCCAAAAAUCUCAAAAGAAAUACCAUCAAAUAAGUUAAAUCAAUAAAUUGAAAUCGAAUACGCGCAAGCUAUUCCUUUUCUUAUAUCUUAAAACUUAACAAACAAGAUGAAUCAAUUCAUAUUUAUUCAAAUUCUUUGUGCUUUCGUAUUAGUAAUAAACGCGCUUCCUCAACAACCAAAAUCCAAAAGACCAACACCCGUGUUUAAACAAAAUCAAUUAGGUGGAUUACAAUUACCGGAUAAUGCUACACUCAUAAGAGAUAACAUCGUGGACACAUUUUCCUGUAAAGACAGAAUUUAUGGAUAUUACGCCGAUAUGGAAAAUGAGUGUCAAAUAUUUCACGUUUGUCUACCACAAACGAGAAAUGUCGCCAAAUGGAGUUUCAUUUGUCCCUCAGAAACGGUUUUCAAUCAGGCCACUUUCGUAUGUACGCGAACGGAAGAAUCGAUACCCUGCGAGGAAUCAGAAAAAUAUUACAGCUUAAACGAGGAGAUUGGUAAGGAGGAAGAAAAUACCGAAGAAGAGACUACCAGAUCUGUUCCAAUAAAUGCUGAUGUCGAGCCAGAGAUAACCAAACCAUUCACGAGAACUUCGAGAAUUUUAAAUCGACAAGGAUCGUCACAACGUCAUUGACGAAAUUUUUAAUUACGUCGAUAAACUAACUUCUCUAUUCCUACGUUGAACAAG